GGAACUCAGGCGGACAGAAACACAGCUUGUUUUCAGGGGGACUCGUGACAUCGCUGUACACUAUGUCGUCUCUCAGGGGGCAGCUUUAUUUUUGAGAGCUGCUGCUUCCCUAAACACCUGAAAACUCCAGGAUCAUCCAUUUCUGAUGGAAAAGAAUCACUAACAUAAGUAAGGCUCAGAAACCAGCCUAACUUUGCAGAAAACUUCCAGGGAUGUGUGAAGCAGAAAGGAAGGACCUCUAUGCUGUCCUGGGAGCCAGCCCCUCAGACUCAGUCCAGCAGCUCAGACACAGAUACCAGCAGCUGGCCUUACAGUACCACCCAGACCGUCUUAGAGGUGAGUGUUCUUCAGAAGCAGAGUCUGGGGUGAAGAAGUUUCUAGAAGUUGAUGCAGCCUGGAGGACCCUUAGUGACCAGAGCACCAGGAGACAGUAUGACCUGCAGAGGAGAGCACAGGAACUGAAACAGGAUUGGCCAGUAGAUUCUACAGUCUAUCUGGAGGACAUGACCUUGGACCAGGAUGAGUGUGUGUACACAUACUGUUGUCGCUGUGGAGGAGGAUUCAGUGUCUCAGAGGAGGAGGUGGAGGUGGAGACACAGAGGAGGCAGGAGGAUGAUGAAGAGGAGGAAGCAGUGGAGGGACAGCACAGAGGAGUGGUUGUCUGCUGUGAUACAUGUUCCCUCAGUGUGUAUGUCACAUGGCCAUUACAUGGAAAGACUCCAACAUUAAAAUGCCAAUAAUAAUACUUGCUUGGAAACCUUUUACCUUUGAUACUGUUGAGCAAAUGUUUGUUCAACAUUUCCCUUCUUGGAUGAGGGCACCAAGUGACAAGUGACAAAUGACAAGUGUAUUUUGGGUUGGUGGAAGUGGAAAGAGUUUUGCUCUAUCGCUUAGAUAGCUUUUAACAUCUCAGAUUUUAUGUUCAACAUGUCCAUCACUUUUGUUUAAGAGCCCACAAAACAAGACACCAAAGCACCGGCCCACUGGCUGACUCACUCACUCACUGAGAACAUGUAUGGGGUAGUUCUUAUGCUGAAUAGAAGUGUGUGAGGAUGAGCGUUGGUUGGCCCUCUUUCCCUUUGUAAACAAUAGGUUAUCAUUAGUGGUGGCUGAAAACUGGUCAUAAGAUUGGCACUAUGGCAACAGACAGCAUGGUUUUACUGCAGCUGUCCAGUCAAUUUAAACCUUAUGAUUUUUAUACACAUUCUAUGUAUGCUAAAAUUAAAAUAAAAUCAGAGGCAUUACAAAACCAGA